AUGACAUUGGUGGAGGCGGUCAUCGAGGACCCUUCGGCCUUGGUCGAGGAAAAGGACCUUGUUCGUUUUGAACGCGCAGAGGAGUACCUCUCCCUCCUAUCCUCACUGCUAUCGUCCACAUCUAGCGCAAGCGCCUUCUCAUCAGCACGAGCAGCUCUGGUGACUCCAUCCAUUCCUGCCGAUGACGUGCUCACCAAGCUAGUUGCCAUCUUGGACGAGUAUCAAGACCAUCCACAUCUGCUCGAUCCGUACCUCGAACGUAUCGUCUCGCCACCCGUCGAAUCGCUUCAACGACACGUGCGAUAUGCGACUAACUCGUAUCAUGGCAGUACGGCUAAUCUUCUGACACCCGAAGCUGUGGCUCGUCUUAGCAAGCUCGUAUACGCCUAUACAAAGGUCCGUGGAUACAAGACCAUCGUCCACUACUUUCCCCACGAAGUGGCCGACUUGCCAGCAACGCUUUCCUUCCUUGAGCAGCUACAGCAAUCUUUAGGUGCGGACGCUAAGGAUUCUUUCGCGAGCUGCUGGGAGCUUCGAUAUUUGUGCUUGCUGUGGUUAUCGCUCAUCUGCAUGAUCCCGUUCGAUUUGGCCAAGUUUGAUCGAGUAUCUCACGGUGCAAAGAAAACGACUGCUUCGAGGAUCGCGGCUGUGGCAGAGUAUUUCAUCACCAGUCCAGGGAAGGAGCGCGAUGCUGCGGCUGUCGUGCUGGGUCGCUUGUUCCAGAGAGACGACGUUCAGCUCAAGGACGAUUUUGACUCGUUCCUUGCAUCGAGCCUGGAAGAGCUCAGAGGCAAAGAGCUGAGUCCAUUUCAUGCUACUGGAAUUUUCCAAGCUCUUUGCGAGGUGCUCAAGACGAGCGAGCCAGAAUUUGUGCGAAAGAACUUCAUUUGGAUCCGAAACAUUCUCGAUGAAUACGACACCGCUCACAACAGUUCUCUGAGGAACAAUGGCCUCAUCAUCAAGUAUCAAACCAAGCUCAAUGGCAGAGUCGCUCUCAAACUGCUCCGACCACGGAAUCGAAAGCGUGCGAACAAGUUCCACGUCCUUGGCGCUAGUUCAAGCAAUAUCCCAUCCUCGGAUCAGCAUGGAAAUGACGAUGACGAUGAAGACGAAUCCGAGAUCCCCGAAGAAGUCGAGACAUUGAUUUCGUGCCUGAUGGAGGCUUUGCAGCACAAUGAUACUGUGGUGCGGUACAGCGCGGCCAAGGGACUCGCUCGAAUCUGCGAUCGUCUUCCCACUUCGUUUCUUAAUCAAGUGGUCGAAGCGAUCAUUUCGCUUUUUCACAUCAACGUUCCAGACGUUUACACUGGUGCUAGCGACCUGAACUCUGUUUCUGAGCACUCUUGGCAGGGAGCAUGUAUGGCGCUCGCCGAGCUGUCUCGGCGUGGCCUGCUGUUUGCCGAGAUGCUAUCCGAGGCAUUGCCAUGGAUUCUCAAAGCGCUGCUGUUUGACGUGAGACGUGGAGCACAUUCGGUGGGGGCCAACGUACGUGAUGCAGCAUGUUAUGUCGUUUGGGCGCUCGCCAGAUCCAACGACACAGACUCGAUCCGACCUCACGCAUUGGAUCUGGCCAAACGAUUGGUGGCAGUAGCGACGCUGGACAGAGACGUUUCCAUCCGACGUGCGGCAAGCGCAGCGUUUCAAGAAUCAGUCGGCCGACUCGCGCUGUUUCCACACGGCAUCGAGGUGAUCAGGAUGACGGAUUUUUACGCUGUCAGCGUGCGCAGGAAUGCGUUUCUCGAAUGCGCGCUCAAAGUGGCUGCGUUUGAAGAGUAUAGAGGAUAUCUGGUGGAUCAUUUGAUCGACGUCGUAACGGUGCAUUGGCACGUUGCUAUGCGUCGACUGGGCGCGCAGGCGGUGGCACGUAUCGCCAUGCACGACCCAACUGUGCUUCUGCCAGACAUGGCGGCUAGACUGAGCAAGCGUAUAGAAACAUCCGAUAAUACCGUGCUGCACGGCACGUUGCUGACGCUGGCCGAGGUGUGUCGGGCUUGCCGAAUGCUUUUGGACAAGAACGAAGCUGGCGUCUUUGAAAAAGUCAGAGAGAGAUGCUUUGGCUUGCUGGAUUCGGUGCGACCAAGCAUCUUGCGCUCGCUGGGCGCAGCGCCUAUCCUUCAAGCCGCCUGCCAACUCAUUGGCGCUGGCGCAGCCUCAUCCACGAUUUCGACGCCGUCCGAGAGUCAGACGUGGGAGAAAGUGCUGAACCUCGCCCUUGCACGUCAAGAAGAAUCCGUACACAUCGCCGCCGCCGAAGCGGUUUCGGAAGUCAGCAUUUACGUCGAGCUUUCCUCGAAAAUACAAUCGACGCUCGAUAGCUGGUCGAGCCUGACCGUGCCACAACAACAGAGCAACGCUCUCCUUCUCGGCGCGGUGGAUUACCAACUGCAUUCCGCUAUGUUUGAACGCGUCAUCAACCACCUAAUCUUGCUCUGCCGGCCCAGCGCGCCAGAUUCACCCAAGACGCUUUACUCGCCGAACAUCGAAGUGCGGCGCAACGCAUGCGACAGCCUCACGCGCGCCAUCACGCAUCUCGGAACCCAACUUUCCGCCAUAUGCAGUGCUGACCUACUCGAAAAAGCGGUGCGCUCACUGCUGUUGGGGCUGCAAGACUAUUCCACAGAUCAACGCGGCGACGUUGGCUCUUGGGUGCGAUUGAGCUGCAUCGCCGGUCUCAGACAGAUUCUGAUCCUAUGCCGACAGACCGGACAGAUGCUGCCGGAGAAAGAACUGCAACAAGUCGUAGCAGGCAUGUGGAAGCAAGCGGCCGAGAGGAUUGAUCAUGUUCGUCACGCUGCUGGAACGAGUGUUCUCGCCGUAUACCACGCAUAUGAAGCGUCCGAGGUGAGGCCGAUCGGGUAUGAUGUGGUGGAGGACGCGUUUGGCGCGGGUUGCUUUACGCCUUUCGAAGAAGAGCGUGUUGGGUCGAUGGCCGAAGCUGAUGCAGAGAAGGUUGGCAUGGUGGCGCAUACGUUCAAAGAUGCACGUCAAGCCUUCCCGCGUCUGUGUAAGCUACUCGUCAUCGCACGCUAUCGUAUCUCGAUCCUGGAAGGUAUCAUCAUCAGUGUUGGUUCCAAAUCCGACUUGGGCGAGCGCGUUAUCGGGCCUGCGCUCACCGCGCUCACCGCGGCCACCUACCCGAUCGCUUCUCUGCUCGGCGACCUGUUCACGCUCGCCAAGGCGUACUUUGGCAAUAACCGAAUGUUUGUCCCUGCCAUCUCCACGGUCAACCUCUUGCUCGAAAACGGCGCGUCGCAAGCUGACAUUCACGAGAUUCUAGCUCGACUCGUCAAGAUGUGCAUCACGAAUGCAGCCAAGAUCAAAAGCAUCGCGCGCUUGACGGUAAGCGCGACGUUGUGCGCCAAUAUCGCGCUUGUUAUGCGUGUCGUCCCUGACUCGCACCGAGCGGCACUGUUGGGCCUCCUGCAGACGUCGACCGAGUUGUUCCUGGCACACUCAUUCCCGACAGUCAGAACAUGCAUGGCCGAACACCUGUACGCGGUUCUGUCCUCUAGCGUCGAAUUUGACCAACACGAACCGGCGAUGGCCGACUCCAAGUCGCACAUCUGGCUUCAACUCGAGCACGCCCUACUCGAUACCAAAUGGUCCGCGCCCGCCAGUGUCGACGCGACUACCAUCAGCAAUAUCUCUCUCGCUCUGCGUCGCAUGCUGUCCUGA